GGACUCGUUUUCAUUUUCGUCAAAAAUAACUUAUAAUGAAGGGGGUGCUUUUUGAUUGACGGCGUGCACAUGCGCAAUUAGCCGCGAGACGACCGUUAGAUCCAAUAACUUAUUUCUGCGUAUGAGCUUAGCUAGCUAACGUGAUCGGGGAUUUCAAUUGGAGAAGCAGUUUCUGCCUAUCUUCAUACUGUACUGUCUUUGGGCGAAGUGCUUCAUUCUGACGUUUGGCGUUUCCUAUUGAGAUCGAACACACCUCUUCCUGUCGGUGUCAGAGUAGUAACUUCACCAUAUUUAGUUGGUCAGAGCCCCAUAGAGUUGAGCACAGAAAAUCUGAAAAUCUUAGUCAUAUCGGCGAAUGCAACCGGGAGUUGACAGCCUAGAAACAGCGAGACUGGCCGCUGUUGGAGAGUGACAUCAGUGGAAACAAGGCUGCACAUCAAAACGGGUGCAAGCUGCCUAUCGACAGCAGACUUUGAGUGAUAAGUAGCUGUUCAAUUGUCGGAUGAGAAUUCUAACUAGUAGUCGAAGAUGGCUAGCUAGUUUAUUAUCGCCCAGCCUUAAACUCGAUUUCUGCUGUACGUAAAACAGAAUUUAUAAUUUUUAUAACGCGAACUGGUAAGAAACUAAAGAGCCCAGUGAAUCUGCAAUUAUGAUAUCUUGACAAGUGUCAGUUAGCUAUGUUUUUCUCAAUCCAUUUGCUAAUCUAGCUAGUUGCUAGCUAGUUUAUCAGCGUCGUUGAAUCUCGAGCAAGUAUCGCCGUGGCAGUGAAAUCUGAUUGGAUACCUUGAUCGUGUGAACAACUUGCAGACGCUGGGACACGGAAGACCCUCGUCCAAAGGGACUGGAACAGGGGCUCGUUUGACAGUGAGUGGAGAGGAGAACUCUGGGGAACCCGUAACUACUCGGCUGCAUCGCCUGUGAGGCGUUGAACUGCCGAUAAACCAGAUUGAACCAAGCAAGAGUUCCUGACGUUUGACAUCUGUGAUCCGGGGAGUAAACCGGACAGGGACCUCAUGAAUGGAAAUCGGAACUACAGGAGCCGUUGGAGCCCAGCCCCUGUUCACUGUGCCCCGGCGGCCUGGCUAUGGCACCAUGGGAAAGCCCAUCAAGCUGCUGGCCAACUGCUUCCAGGUGGAUAUCCCCAAGAUAGACGUCUACCUCUAUGAGGUGGACAUCAAGCCCGAGAAGUGCCCGCGCCGCGUCAACAGGGAGGUGGUGGACUCCAUGGUGCAGCACUUCAAGGUUACCAUCUUUGGGGAUCGUCGGCCAGUCUACGAUGGGAAGAGGAGCUUGUACACAGCGAAUCCGCUGCCUGUGGCAACCGCAGGGGUGGAUCUGGAUGUCACUCUACCGGGUGAGGGGGGCAAGGACCGGCCCUUUAAGGUCUCAAUCAAGUUUGUGUCCCUGGUGAGCUGGCACAUGCUGCACGAGGUGCUAACGGGCCGCAGCGUGCCUGAGCCCCUGGAGCUGGACAAGCCCAUCAGCACCAACCCAGUACACGCUGUGGAUGUAGUGCUGCGACACUUGCCCUCCAUGAAGUACACCCCGGUGGGUCGCUCCUUCUUCUCAGCCCCAGAGGGCUACGACCAUCCUCUGGGAGGGGGGAGAGAGGUGUGGUUUGGUUUCCACCAGUCUGUACGUCCCGCCAUGUGGAAGAUGAUGCUCAAUAUUGACGUUUCUGCCACGGCCUUCUACAAAGCCCAGCCUGUGAUCCAGUUCAUGUGUGAGGUCCUGGACAUCCACAACAUAGACGAGCAGCCCCGACCUCUCACAGACUCCCACCGGGUCAAGUUCACCAAAGAAAUCAAAGGUCUGAAGGUGGAGGUGACCCACUGUGGAACCAUGCGGCGGAAGUACCGCGUUUGCAACGUAACCCGUCGGCCCGCCAGCCAUCAAACGUUCCCUCUGCAGCUGGAGAAUGGUCAAACGGUGGAACGCACGGUGGCCCAGUACUUCAGAGAGAAGUAUAGCCUGCAGCUCAAGUAUCCCCACCUACCCUGCCUCCAGGUGGGGCAGGAGCAGAAGCACACCUACCUGCCCCUGGAGGUGUGUAACAUAGUAGCAGGGCAGCGCUGCAUCAAGAAACUGACAGAUAAUCAGACGUCCACUAUGAUCAAAGCCACGGCUCGCUCUGCACCUGACAGACAGGAGGAGAUCAGCCGGCUGGUGCGUAGUGCCAACUACGAGGCUGACCCCUUUGUGCAGGAGUUCCAGUUCAAGGUGCGCGACGAGAUGGCCCACGUGACGGGGCGCGUGCUGCCCGCCCCCAUGCUGCAAUACGGCGGCAGGGUGAGCACAGAGCACUUUAUGAACCGGACAGUGGCCACCCCAAGUCACGGGGUGUGGGACAUGAGGGGCAAACAGUUCCACACGGGAGUAGAGAUCAAGAUGUGGGCCAUCGCGUGUUUCGCCACACAGAGGCAGUGUCGUGAGGAGAUCCUCAAGGGUUUCACAGACCAGCUGCGUAAGAUCUCCAAGGAUGCUGGGAUGCCCAUCCAGGGCCAGCCGUGUUUCUGUAAAUACGCCCAGGGAGCCGACAGUGUGGAGCCCAUGUUCAGGCACCUGAAGAACACCUACUCUGGACUGCAGCUCAUCAUCGUCAUCCUGCCCGGAAAGACCCCCGUCUACGCGGAGGUGAAGAGGGUGGGAGACACUCUCCUAGGAAUGGCCACUCAGUGUGUCCAGGUGAAGAACGUGGUGAAGACGUCCCCCCAGACCCUCUCCAACCUCUGCCUCAAGAUCAAUGUCAAGCUGGGGGGAAUCAACAAUAUCCUGAUGCCUCACCAACGACCCUCAGUAUUCCAGCAGCCAAUCAUCUUCCUGGGGGCGGACGUUACACACCCCCCCGCUGGAGACGGGAAGAAGCCCUCCAUCGCUGCAGUGGUCGGCAGUAUGGACGCCCACCCCAGCAGGUACUGUGCCACAGUGAGGGUCCAGAGGCCCAGGCAGGAGGUGAUCCAGGAUCUGGCCUCUAUGGUCCGAGAACUGCUGAUCCAGUUCUACAAGUCGACCCGCUACAAGCCCACCAGGAUCAUCUUCUACAGGGACGGAGUGUCAGAGGGCCAGUUCAGACAGGUGCUGUACUACGAGCUGCUGGCCAUCCGCGAGGCCUGCAUUGGCCUAGAGAAGGAGUACCAGCCCGGCAUCACCUACAUUGUGGUCCAGAAACGCCACCACACCCGCCUCUUCUGUGCCGACCGCAACGAAAGGGUUGGACGUAGUGGAAACAUUCCUGCUGGCACCACGGUGGACACGGACAUCACACACCCCUACGAGUUUGACUUUUACCUCUGCAGUCACGCUGGAAUACAGGGCACCAGUCGGCCCUCCCACUACCACGUCCUGUGGGACGACAACUGCUUCACGGCCGACGAGUUCCAGCUGCUCACUUACCAGCUGUGCCACACCUACGUGCGCUGCACCCGCUCCGUCUCCAUCCCCGCGCCAGCCUACUACGCCCACCUGGUGGCCUUCCGUGCCCGCUACCAUCUGGUGGACAAGGAGCAUGACAGUGCGGAGGGCAGCCAUGUCUCUGGUCAGAGUAACGGUCGGGACCCCCAGGCUCUGGCCAAGGCGGUGCAGAUUCACCACGACACGCUGAGGACCAUGUACUUUGCCUGAGCACCAGCCCACACCAUCAUCACCGCACUUAAAACACACACCCCCACACCCCUGCCUGCCAGUCAAGGAGGGUUGCAGCCCCCCACAACCAGUCAAUCCGGACCUGACACUGUGUAGAGGGAAGAGGGGGGGUGGGGGAAGCCCCCCGCAAUGGACUGAGGAUGCAGACAGACGCUGCUUUAAAACAAGAGAGGAAGAACUCAGCACUAUUAUGCAAUAUUAAACCAGCCCCCUGCUUUUCCUGGGCACCCUAACUCCGCCCCCACCUCCUCCAGGCCCUCCCUCCUUUUCUCCGGUCAUGAAAGAGAUCUGUGGUUUUGAUUCCGGAUGUGUAUGGUCGACGUUGCAGAGUUCGUUCCCUUUCGUCAUCAUGCCUUUUACCUCAACUCAGUUUAACGGCAUCACUUUCUGCCCUUUUUCGUUUGUUAGUUAUGUUUUGACUUUUCUUUAUCAAAGUUUGAGGAGAGAAGAAGAAAAGGAUGAGGUGUUUGAAGGGUGGAUCUCGAUCUGUGCAGAACUAUCACGGCUUGCCAUUUAUUUUCCUCCUCCUUUUUUUUUUAGCCAAUGGUGACUUAUCAAAAGUGUGAGCGUGUCAAUGGACACUGUGUACUAGGAGACGAACACGAGCUCUUAUUUUGAGCACAGUGCCACCUGGAGUCUGAACGGUGUAAAUGCUCUCUUCAAAAGUCCCAACCUCUGGGGAAUAAGCUAUGAUGCUAAUCAUAUGAUUUCUUACUCGUUAUCAUUUGACUUGACCCAGUAAGUAAUGUGCGUAUACAGUGGCACACAUCCGUAGAGGGUAAUACAAUGAUAUCAAACCCGAGGUCAGUCCCCUAUGACAUCGAUCUAAUGUGCUGUCACAGCAACAUUGCAAUGUGACCCUGUUUGGAAUUUUCUUUCCUGUACAUCAUGUUUGAUAUUUAAGAUGCUUGUUUUUUUUACCAUUCUUUCCAGUAUUUAUUAGUACGCUCAAGAUAUAGUAAUUUAAUGAGAAGAGCAUUUAUUUCUGCAUUCUUUCAUUCUAUCUGCUCUCUUGGAUUUGAGUUGUGUUGUGGAAGAUCCUACAUUGAAUGACAGAUCAUGUUGCUUUCCUCUAGUGCAAUAAUGUUUUAGCUGAGGGAAGGAAGCGUCUUCUAGAGGAUACGACUUGAAUGUCUGGAAGUCUGCAGCGGUGAGUUUAGGAGAAUGUACUAGAACCCAGAUCUCUUACGAGAGCUCUCGGAUAGUAAGAGAAUGUUUUUGAGCCACACAAUUGGCACUUACCCCGUUGCUCCUCUUUAUGAAGGGAGUAUCGGGGUUCAUAGGUCGAAGGGUUAUGCCAAUGAGUGUGUUAUGGGUUAGAAAUCAAGUGCCUGGUUUUGGAAAUGAACGGUUAAAUGGCUGGUUGUAAGGAUGGAUUAUGACGUGGCGGUCCUAGCUUUCAAAAUGUAUUCGAACAAGGAAGUUAAAGGGCAAGGUUUAGCUGGAGAAAGUUGACUUCAAGCUACAUUUUGCCUCAUUUGACAGAAGUUGCAUCACAUUGAAAUCCUUGCGAUAGAAAAUAUAUAAUGUGUGUGUGAGUUUCUCCAAUCGUCUUUGCCUAAUAGCAGCGGUAUUUUAGCAGAUCAAGUCAUGCUGCACUCUGCCUCAUCAGACACGGAUCUAGCUGCUAUAUCUACAUGUACUCAAGGUGACUAAGAAUCGAGGCAUGCCUCAGUCAUGAGCGGCAGGAGAGCUAAGCCGCUAAGACAAAAAUGAAAUUUCCCAUAUAACUGACCAUCCAAACCAAUAGUAGCUAGCUGUCUUCUAGAGUCAACAAUUCGAUGACUCUUGGAAGUCCGGGAAACUGAGUGAGUGACUUGUGUGGUCGCUGCUUAGCUCCUACGUGCUCUGUGACAUGAGGCAUGCCUAGUGGUGUUCAAAAGAGACAAUUAUCUGCACUAAAAUAAGUGUGUGUUGGACCGAACACAUGCCUCUGGUGCUAUGUACCGUAGUAAACCUCCUAAUGAAGUAGACGAGAGGGUCUGUGUUAUGUGGGGAACUGUAGGGAUUUCUCGUCCUAACUGUUAGUGGAAAUGGUUGCCAUUUGAGAAUCUCUUGUUUUUGACGGUACAAUGAUACAAGGACGCAGUUCUCAAGGCAAGGACUGCCCCAAUAGGUGAACGGUAGUGUGGUCCAAUGGUAGAAUCCUGUGUGUCCCCCCCCCCCCUAUAGUCACGUUUGACUGCCUUCCCAACUCUAGCCUUCCCCUGGCUGGAAGCCAAUGAGUUUGAGCCUUCAUGAUCUUCACUAGUGUCCAAAAAGCCUUUUUCAAAAGCCAGAUUGGAAGUAACAAAAAAUCUAACAUGUAGUUCUAUAGUUAUUCAUCAUUAAACGUGAAGGGUAAUAAAAUGUGGCAAGAGUUUUGAGUCGACUGUUGUUGACUCGUGUCCUGUGGCAAUGUAUACUGUUAUUUGUGUAUUUUGUCGUGCGUACAGUGCCGGUGGCUCUAUUUCGACAUGUAGCGUGUGUCUGGGUUGUUAUACUGUUAUGGAUCGGGAUGCGGUGGACUUCUAUAAGUAAGAGGUGCUUCUAUUUCUGUCACUCCCUGUUGUCAAAGAAUACAAAUGAAAAUCAUUGGCCUUUUGUUUUUUUUAAGUUUUUUUUUUUAGAGCAUAAUUGUUCUGAUCCUGCCUGAUCGUCUCUCUCAGGCAGGAGUUGAUGCCUGUAGAACAGGGGAGAGCGGGAGAAACCGGGGCUUGUCAAAGUGUUGUAGACCCACUUUAAAAGAUGUAGUUGAUUUAAAGAAUGAGAUGGUUACCUGGACUGGUCAUCUUGAACGUUGAGUACCAAUGUGGCCCGCUGUGUUUUAUUUUAAGCCUUGUGGGCGAUGAGGCCCCUAUAGAGCGAGACUUGGCCUUUUUAACUGUUGUUGCUUUUCUCCUCUCUCCUUGCGCAACCACGGGCACUUCUUGUGCUCAGAAAUACAAAGCCUUAAGGCCUCCGGUAAAGUCUGCAAUGUGACAAAGUAUAUAAUCUCAUUUAGUUUUUUCCACUUUCUCCUUACUUUUGAUUCCCAGAGGACUACAUUCCGUAGCCUGUAGAUCUGCCAUCUGAUUCCCCUGAGAGCUAAUUGAAGAAAAUAUGGAAGACUAGAGGACAGAAGAAGUUAAGUUUGCUCCGUAAAUGUAUGAUCCAAUAGUGUCUUGUAUCGGUUUGUUGGUGUGUGCUUGGUUGGUAAAGAGUAGGGUAUUUUUGUUAGAUGGGUUUUUGUGCAUGUGGCUGGUUCUGGUGUAUGUAAAGUGAGAAGUAGGGCUGCCAUUUGAGGGAGGUGGUGUGUAUGGAUCGGUACAUGGUUUAGCAAGCGACCAAGCGUAGUGAUCAUCCAAGCUGACAUGAUGAUGAACGUCAAGGACUGUAUAGAACAUUCUGAUUUUCCUGGGCAAAAGAACACAUGUUUACAUAUAGCAGAUGUGUUUGCCUAACACCUUUUUUUACUUUUCAACUCGCUAAACCGUCAACAGUAACGUUUUUCAGAUGUUCGUUUGUGUUCAGCAGUUUUUUUUUUGUGUUUUUUUUUUUUUUUAAGACCUUCUAGGUCAACCCAGAGAUUGCUAUACUCUAUGGAAAAGUAGCUAUGUGUGUUCAUUCCAUUGCCUGUGACGCACAGAUAUACUGGAUUUUGAGGUGUAGGUUCUUUCUUUUCGGCGCGGAAGGUAAAUCUAUGGCAGAGUGAAGAAGUCCACAGGAAGUGCCUUUCUUUAUGGUGGUGCUGUAAAACAAAAGUCAAAUGGUAAAAGACAUUGAUCUCAUUUUUGAAGAAAAAAAAAAAAAAAGCAUUGCAAUGCAGAAACACAUGCACAGUAGUACACACACUAUACAUACCAAGAUGCAUAAAGACAGUAUAUGAUUGUGGUUGAGCGUUCACUUAGUGGCGCAUUUUGAGUUUGGACCAAUCGACUCGGUUGGUUGGUACAGUGGAACUUGCGUUGACAAGCGAGGUCAUAGUUAAAACCGAUGUGUGUGUGUGACACAGCCUGGGCCACGAAUGACGAACAUAGCACAGCACUUUAUAGACUGCCACUCUCACUCGGACACACAGCCACAACGUUUUCUGUCUGUGUACCUCAUCCAAUCCCCGCCUCCCAGAUACAGUGGCGUGUCGAGGACUUGUUAUGUGAUUUGAGGAGAUUUUCCUCCUCGGGGAAUUGGAUUACGACACCAAACCAAAACGGUUCCUAUCGCUACUAAGUGGUCAUUUUAAAGGUGUGCCUCCAGCUCAUGUGACUCCGCUGAUGAUGAUGACUGUUUUGAGUCGGCCUGCAGUUUGUGGUUUCUCAUUAAGAAUCUGAAACCACCAACGGUUCUUAAGUGUUCCAAUGUAAGGAAGUUGGAAGUAAUGGCAUUCAUAUUAGGAUGUCGGCAGUUGUCUGGCCCAUGGCAUUCUCAUCCCAGUGCAAUGCCUCGCCCUGCCGCGUGUCUGUCUUGUCCUUAAUGGAAGGAUAGUGGGCCCACUUUCAUUGGGGUUUUGGGGCAGUUCGGGUUUGGAAUAAGACUCCGAGAGGGUCUGUAUGAGUCAUUUGGGGUACCCAUCAGUCCAGGGGGGGGGUGGUAUCUUUUUUACAAGAGAUUAAAAAACAAUGCGCCUCACUUACCUUUGUAUGCUGCAUACGUUAUACUACACGAGAGGAGAAACUGCAAAUAUUGCUUUGGUUAUUACAGUAUAAUGCUUGAUUAAUACCCGAUUAUGAUAUUCUCAUAACUGUUUUAGAGACGGAAGUAUAACUAAGAUUCUCUUGUUUAUUUUUUUUUGUCUUAACACUUAUCUGACUUGAGCCGAAUGUUUUAUUUUGUCCUAUUUAAAUGUUAUUUUUAAUAUGUAUAUGAAAUAUAUAUUGCAAAAUAUUUUAUGCUGUAUUUAUUGAGUGCAUAAACGAGCAGCUAGUUAGAGUCUCCGCAACAUUGGCAGCAUGGUGGAGGUGCAGCUAGGGGACGAGGCCUUAAACCCCUCGCAAGCACAGCAACGUGUUGGAGGGCGAACGGAGGGGCACAGUUGAGCAGGGGCAUCUGUUUUUAAAUGAGGUAUUACUUAUGUAGACCCCUGCUUUUAGCUUUCUGUUUGGGGGAAGAGGCCUUCUCAUAUGUCCUCAUCACCGACUUGUACUCUCUAGUCCCGCUCUCCUCUCCGGUUCUCUCCUCCCAUCUUGUUGAGCCCACCCACCACCCCCACAUGUUGCAUCUCAUCUCUGUAGGGGUAGGGAACCUUCACUGAACCACACGGACUGGGCUGAGCCUUGUAAAAACUGACUUCCUCAUCCAGAGCUGCUAAUGUGUUAGCCAUGUGAACUCCCCUGGCCUGGUGGAGUACAGGUGGGUGAGAAUAGAGGGGAGGAGGGAGGGAUGGUGCUAAGGCAGAGGAUGUAUGGUUAGGUGUGGCUUCUGUGCUUUCAUGUCUCCUCUGGAGUUUUUUUUUCCUUUUGCCAGAGACUUUUACACAGUAAGGAGUAGAGACUAAAGUCCCAUUCCACUCAAAUGCAAGCCUCAGUCUUAAGUGUGUUCUUACUUCGUUGUUGGGUUUUAUUUACAACUACAGAAUGCCUGAGUUGAGUACAAAAAAAGGCCCGACUCCAAAAUGUAAUCUUCAUGUUUAUUUUCAAACCACUAACAGUGCUACAGUAGUUGGUGAGCCCCAACGUACAAAAGUGUAUGUUUCCCCACGUGAGUGGAUGUAAGAACAGGAGCCCGAGGGUUCUGUGUGCUGUACUUAGACUUGUACCUGUGUAACGAAUCAAGGUGUUGUAAUAAUGAGUUGCUGUUCUGUUUGCCCACUGCCUGUUAGUCGUUCCCACCUCACUCUAGGGUCAGAGGCAUGGAGCUUUGAAGGGGUCGUCAACCCUGUUCAGAACUUCAAUAGGCUUUUCCUACCUAUUACCCACAGACAAAUAGUUUAAGACACGUUGACUCCAUUUAGCUCUCUGUUUUGAUGUGCAAACAGACGCUGCUUGCUUUCAGUCCAUUCACAGUCCCAUGUUAAGGUUUUGAAAUCCCGUUUACCCGAGAGAUUAUCGGAUGCUGUUUUCCCAGUGUUAAAACUGGUUUGAAGACCGAUUUUGUCAGUGGCCAAGGAUGCUGGACUUUUUAAAGGGUUUCCUAUGUGUUUCAUCCUUAUCUUGAGGUUAUUUUGUAUUUUGAUGUGCGGUCGGUUUGUGUCAUUACUUUUUAAUUGAAUGUCAGUCAGGAUUGUGUCCUGUGAUACCAUUUUGAGUCCUGAGGCACCUGCUAAAAUCAAUGGGUGUUUGAUGAUACGAACAAGGUAGCCACAUGAGUUCCAUGCCUCUGGCUCUGUUUCGGUCUCUGUCUCUGUGUCUUUACUCUGUAUGUUUCAAACUCUCUGUUGUACCAACAGGUCUUUUUAUUUUAGUUUUAAAUGUCUUUGUUUUGUAUUUCUCUUUAGGCCUUUUAGUGUUACUUUGCUUAAGUUUUUGAAGUGUAUCUUUCACGAAUACUUGCAAUAAAAAGCUUUGCUUUCAUA